CCUCCUUUCACUCCGUAAUGUCUAGCCUGCCCGGCAGUAUAUAUGGCAUAGCCCCGUCUUAAUGGUGCCCCAACCCUUUCUCACCCAGUUCCUGCUCCUUUUCUCUAUCUUCAGCGGCGGGUCCCUAGCCAGGCGAGGCGGGGGAGGCGAUUCUGACAGCGACAACGACAGCGACAGUGACAGCAGUGGUGGAAGCGGCAGCAGUUCAGGCUCAUCAGGAUGCGGAACCACAAACAACCUUCUUAGCACGACGUACGUUGUGCCUAACAAUGCCUGGAACUGGACAUCCCAAGGCAGCAGAUCCGCGGAUGCUAGCCCAACAGUGUACGACGGGACUUACUUCCAGGGAGAAGGAUAUUUUUCCUAUAACAUCACCGGUGGAUCGCGAUGUCGUGGCGCAAACGGGCAGCUUCGGAUCCUAGGAUACGCCUGGGUUGGACCACAACCGCCAUAUCCUACGGGGCCCCUAAACCCCUUCAUUGUUGGGUUCAAGGCAUGGGAAUCCGACCAGCCAGUCAACGAGAUCCACACCGCCUAUAAACCAGUUAAAUGGACAGAGACUAGCGUUUGCCCUAUGGAACCGGAUCUUGUUCGGAUCGCUACGACUAGAGGUUGGAUAGACUUUACAGCUCAUACGUCUGGUGCCUCGGAUGUGAUGAUCAUGAAUGUCUCUACGGAUUCAACUCAAUCGGCCACCGUUCGUUUCAAUGCUACUACGGCUUCUGACCCGAAACCGGCGAUCGAUGGAGGUGAGGGCUUAAUUCGUCUCCCUGGGCGUACUUGUUCGUCAUACGGGAUACACAUGGGUUGGCCCUCUGCGACGAUCUUGAAUGGAUCCGUGACGAACACUACCCUGGAUCUCAGAUUUGCUGGUUCGGGUAACACCUCCUCCGAUUACAAAAACUAUAGAGGUACCGAGGAUGAGUUGCAUAUCGAAUUCAGUGUGAUCUUUUCGGGGCAAGUUGAUAGUAUCAAUUCUACCAAGGUGUUGAACAUUCAGUCAGGCAACCAGACUCUUGCAUGGGUGCCGAAUGAUGGUGUCCACGUUCUGCCGGGUCGUUGGUGGUAUGUGUUGAUGUGGGCUGUUGGGAUAUGUAUAGUGAAUUGGAAUGAUUACUACUGGUAGAUAUGAGGUACUAUUGGGCUCAUUGUACUCAGAUCUGUUCCUCUAUGAGAAUUCACUAGCAGUAUGGAAGCAAUAAGUGGCUUAAUACCUGCUGACAAGACAUGAACAUGAGCACGGUCGUCCUCAACUCCAUCAUCGUGAAGAUGGAGAGACUUGGGUCUCUCAGACAGGACGUGGCCUAUUGAAAGCCCUUGGUAAUCUGUCUGUUUACAUUAAAUGUUUACUCAGUAGUCG